UACUAAACGCUCAGAAAUCAGAAUUCCCAACAAGAUUUCGAGCAAGCUUAGACAGAGAAAUAUUAAUUAAUCGGAUCUGAAGCUAGAGAACUCCGAUUUUAAUCUGCCCUGCGUUUGACUUUGGCAGAUCUGUUUUCAUAUGAUUCAUUGGUCUAUCACUCAAUUGUCUUCACCAACACUGACCCCAUAAUUCUAGAAUAGAAAGGACUCCAUCUGAAUUCGAUUGUACAAGUGAAGACUUUAACAGAUCCCCACAGGGUUUUGUGAAGAAUCUGAACGGAUUUUGGCUGUAGUGUCUAUCAUUUGUCUGUUGCAGAUCUGAAUUUCGGCUGGAAAGGGAAAACAGCACUGCCUGCUGCAUUUCGGUUACUCUAGAUCAAUAUGCCUGAGAAUUACGAGAAUUCUAAAGCAGAGCAGGUCGUAGGAGGUUCUGACGCUCCCGAUAAUAGGGAUGGAACGUCUGGUGGGAAGGAAAACGAAACUGAAGAUAUAGGGUCGUCUGCAGAACCUAGAGAUAUUCCGGAUCCAUUGUCUUAUUCCGGCGACGAAGGGGUGAGUGGUUCCGUUCAGAACUCAGAAGACAUUGGUUCAGAUGAAAAUUUGGUAAAAUCCUCUGAAAACGAGCAGAAAGAAUCGGGAAUGCACUCUGAAUUCUCCGUUGAUACUCAACAAGUACCCUUGAAUGUUGGCGGUGAAACGGGAAGUGUGAGUAGAGGCGAAGUUCUGGUCGAACAUGUACUAUUGAAAGACGAAGGCUCCAUGAAGGGUAAUGAGGAAACUCCCGUUGUUGAGAUGCACUCUCCUGUGGUUCAGGAUUCCGGUUUUUUGGAUGUGGGACACAGCAAUGGGGUUUUGGAAAACUCAGACCACUCUGUACAGCGUAACCUAGAUGGUGGAAAACCAACUGAUGAUGUAGGCAAGGAAGAAACGUUUGUUGAUGCCUCAGACCAGCUAUCCUUUUAUGAUGGGAGGAAUACUGAUGCUAAUGAAUCUGUGCCCAUUAUUGAAGCCAGUGAUAAUUCAGAGAAGAAGCUUAAUAGUCAGGAAUCUAACCUUCAGGUGGUGGAGGAUGGAGGAGAAGCUAACAGUUUGAUAGAAGAGGUACGACUGCAGGGUAUGCUGGACAAGCUCAUGACUGAAAAAGAAGUUAUGGCACAGGAAUUUAAGGAAGAAAGAGAGUCAUACAGGAGAGAACUUGCUGGUCUUUACCACCAACUCAAGGGUCUGACUAGCCAGCAUCGAUUACUUGAUGAAAGUGACAAUGGUUUUGUUGAUCAUCUUCAUCAAGAAGAAAUGGAAUAUAGAGAGGAUCAAACUCAGGUUUCUGAUGCCCGAUUACAGGUGAUGAUUAGUGACUGUUCCAAAUUCACCUUACUUCUUAAAAGCGCAUUAGAUGAACGGUCACAGACUGAGGGUACAGUGAGAGAAUUUCAUGCUGUCCUUUUCACAAAGGACCAAGAGAUUGAGGACCUCAGUGCAAAGGUCACUGAACUCAAAGUGUCCUGUGAUGUUGUUGUUUCGUAUUUGGAGGCACAAUAUACGUCAUGGUCCAACUCUUUGAAAGAAUCAUCUAAACUUUGGUUUGAAACGGACCAGCAUGUUGAAUUUGUUACAAAUAAGCUGUUGGCUUCCCUUGCCUCAGUUGUUCAACAAGAAGAACUGUUGGAUUGUUCUAUUACUGAGAAGAUAGCUCAUGUUGAUAAGGGCAUGUCUAUGAUGGUUGAGAACUACAACAAGUUGCUUUUUGAAAUUGAUCAACUUAAGCAAUGUUUGACUGAAGUCAAGUCAGAUUUCAGGCUGUCAGAGAAUAUUGAAUAUGGAAGUAUUUUGGGUAUGGUUCGUGAUGAGUUACUCAAUUCCAAAAAAAGGGAAUUUGAUUUGGUUGAGAAAUUUAACCGGUUGGAAAAUGAAAGAAGGGAAUUGCUGGACCAAGUAAAUAAUGAAAAAGAAAGUGCACAAAUGGUAAGUUCAGAACUGAGACAAACCAAGAUGGAACUUGAGCAGGAAAAGAUCAAGUCUGCCACUGCCAAAGAGAAGCUUAGCUUGGCUGUAACAAAAGGUAAGUCAUUAGUUCAGCAGAGGGACUCAUUGAAGCAGUCUCUAGCUGAAAAAAACAGUGAGCUUGAUAGAUGUUUGCUUGAGCUGCAAGAGAAAUCAAAUGCCCUAGAGACUUUGAAAAUUGAUACAGAGGACUUGGUCAAAAGCCAGAAUUUAGCUGCAUCACUCCAGGAAGUUCUUUCACAAAGAGAGAGAGUUCUUAAGGAUAUUGAAGAUAUCCUGUCUCAGAUUGAUACACCUGAGCAAAUUCAGCAGGUGGAUCUUGUAGAGAGAGUGAGAUUGCUUGUGGAUCAGAGAAAUACAUUGGAAGUUGUUUCCUUGGAAUUCCACAAACUGAAGGAUGCCUUAUAUUUGAUUGAUCGACCGGAAAACAUUUCAUCUUCUAAUUUUGAAUCCCAAGUUAACUGGUUCGUGGAAUCAUUUUACCAUGCCAAGGAUGAUAUAAUCAAGUUGCAGGAUGAAAUUGCUGUUACCCAGGAGGUUCUUGCUGCACAUAAAACAGAAUUGCUUGAAGCACGCAAUGAGAUUGAUAAAUUAACUUUAUCACUUUCUGCAGAAAAACAGGAAAAAGGUUCUCUUCAGAUGGGGUUGGAUGACCUGAGAUACAAAUAUGAAGGAAUUGUUGAAAAAGUGCAUCAAGUCUCUUCUGAGAAGGAUCAGAUGAUAAGAAUGUUUCAAGAGGCUUCUGGAAUUGAAGUGGACAAUCAAGAAGGUACUGAUCAUCCUGCCUUUGACUCUGCUGUGUUAGUAGAGAAAUGCAUUGGGAAGCUUAAAGAACAAAUAGGCACAUCAUUUGAAUCUUCUCAUGUUGACUUGGAGAAGUUUGAAAGAACCAAAGACCUUUUAUACAUACGGGAUCAAGAAAUGACACUGUGUCUCAAGUUAUUAGAAGAUGAUAUGCUGGAGAGAUCAGAGAUAACUAAUCUGUCAAAUGAGCUAAAGAGAGCAUCUCAGGAAAUCACAACAUUGAAAGAAGAAAAGGAUUUAUUACAAAAGGAUCUUGAACGGUCUGAGGAGAAAUCUUCUCUAGUUAGGGAAAAGCUGUCCAUGGCAGUGAAAAAAGGGAAGGGACUUGUUCAAGAAAGGGAAGGGUUGAGACGUUCUCUUGAUGAAAAGAAUACAGAAAUUGAGAAAUUAAAGUUUGAGUUGCAGCAACAAGAGUCUGUGGUAAAUGAACGCAGAGAUGAAAUUAAUAGAUUGUCUAAUGAUUUGAAACACAUCCAAAAGCUGGAAUCUGAUCUUGAUGAUAUGAAAGAACAGAGGAAUCAACUUGAUAAAUUCCUGGUAGAAAGCAACAGUGUGUUACAGAGAGUAAUUGAGGCUAUAGAGAGUAUUGUUCUUCCUGUUGAUGCAGUUUUUGAUGACCCUGCUGAAAAACUCAAGUGGCUUGCAAAGUGCUUUCAUGAAUAUCAAAUUAAUAAGAUUAAUACAGAGAAGGAGUUUGAGAAAUUGAAAGAGGAGGCCCGUUUGCUGGCUACCAAGUUAGCUGAGGCUGAUAUCACCAUAAAAUCACUGGAAGAUGCAUUGUCACAGGCAGGGAAUAAUUUCUCGCUUCUUGCAGAAGCAAAAAGGGAUGUUGAAGCUGGCAAGACUUAUGUAGAACAAGAGUUGGAAAGAGCGAAAGAGGAAGCUAGUUCUCAGGCUAGCAAAUUUGCAGAGGCUUGUGCAACUAUAAAGAGAUUGGAAGAUGCACUAUCAGUGGCAGAAGAUGACAGAAGAGAUGCCCUAGCUGGUAAAGCUUCUGUAGAUAUAGAAUUACAGAAAGUCAAAGAGGAAGCUGAUUCUCAGGCCAUUAAAUUAGCAGAGGCCUACACGACAAUAAAAUCAUUAGAGGGUACAUUGUCUCAGGUGGAGAAGAGCGCUUCUUUGUUUGCUGAGGAGAAAAAUGAUGCUGAACUUGGGAGAGCUCAUUUGGAGACAGAGGUAGAGAAGGUGAAAGAGGUAGCUAACUCUCAAGCUAGCAAACUGGAAGAUGCCCAUGCAACUAUAAAGUCACUGCAAGGUUCAUUGUCUAAUGCAGAUAAUAACAUCUCAGUUCUUGUUGAGGAAAAGAAACUUGCUGACCAGGAGAUAAUAAUGUUAAAUACUAAGAUAACUGCUUGCAUGGAAGAGUUGGCAGGAGCUCAUGACAGCCUAGAAAGCCGGUCUGUGGAGCUUUUGGGUCAACUUAAUCAUCUUCAAAUGUUUAUGAAAGAUGAAACUUUGUCAUCCUUGGUUUCCAAGGCCUUCAAGAAAAAAUUUGAGAACCUGAGAGAUAUGGACCUUCUUAUUACAACUAUACGAGGCGAGUUUGUCCAAAUGGUUCCAGAACAAGAGAAAAUUCAUAUUGGUGAGAAAGAUAUUGAUGCUGCAAAACAUUUCCUGGAAGAUUUUGAGAACAUGCCAAAUGGAACAAUGAACAUUAGUGAGAUGGGUGCAUCAGAUCUUGAGAAUAUCCCUGCAUAUUUCACAAAGAUUGUGGAAGGAGUUAACAUGAAAAACAAACUUUUACAAGAUAUGUUUGAAGUUUUCUCCAGUCUUAUGGAUGAGUUUAUUGCAGUUCUAUUGGGAAAAUUACAGGCAACAAAGCAUGAAGUCAUUGGGAUGCUUCAGCACACAGAAUACUGGAAGCAAAGAAUGGGGAGUUUGGAAGCUUGUAAUCAAGCCCAAGAGAAGACAAUAUCUGAACUCCAGAAUGAUAUAACUGUGCUACUGUCUGAAUGCUCAAAACAUAUGCAAGAACUACAGUUUGAAGUUGAUAACAACUUACAGGAUCUAAGCAUUUAUACUGAAGUAGAGAAGUUGAACCAUGGCUUGUACUUAGGAGCAGGAGAAUCUGAUAAUACAAUAAAAGAGCUACAGGAAAAGCUUGGUGGCUACAAAUAUGUAAAGGAAGCAGAGAAUUUGUUAUUGACUACAAGGAAAGUUCAGAAUCAAGUUAAGCAACUAGCUAACAUAGGGAAUGUCUAUCUUACAGAUCUGCAAAAUAAAUUGAAAGAUAGCAAAUUAACUACUGAGAAUUUUAUAAAAGAAAGAGAGUUAUACCAGGAUAGGGUUCACAAGUUGGAGAGUGAUUUAGAAGAACUACAAAACUUUUGCAAUCAGAUGAAGUUUAAACUGGAGGAUGCUCAGGCCAAAGAGGGUUUAUUGAGGGAAAGAGAAGCUGAACUUUCAGCACUGUCAUUGGCAAUGAAAGGACAAGAUGGGCAUCUCCUGUCAGAAGACCAAGUUCAAACACUCUUUGACAAAAUAAAUGGGGUUGGAAUUCCUUUUGCAGAGACAGAACUCAGAAACACAGAGGCCCAUUGUUCAGGUCUUUUUGACAAGCUACUUCACACUAUUGACAGAUUUUCUGAGUUGCAGCAACAUAUGAUUUCUUUAUCUCAUGAGAAGGAAGAGUUGCAAUUAUGCCUUGCAGCAGAAACUCGUGAAGCUGAACACCUGAAGAAAGAAGCUGAAAUUCUUAUUAGAAACAACCAGAACUCAGAAAAGAUGGAGAGUGAUUUAUCUGAUUUGUCAUUAGGUUUGGAAAAGAUUAUUCAGAAAUUGGGAGGACAUGAUUUAGUUGAAGACAAAACAUCUAUUAGUGCAAGGGGGCUCUUACCAAUCCUGGAAAGGCUGGUUAUGACCAUUCUUCAGGACACUGAAAAUUCAAAAUCAAAAACCGAGGAACUGGGAGCGAAGUUGCUUGGGACUCAACAGCUUGCAGAGGAACUGUCAGCCAAGAUAAAACUACUUGAAGCCUCAACUCAUGUAAGGCCUACUAUAUCAGAUACUGUCCAGGAAAGGAAAAUCUUUGAAGCACCGUCAACAACAACAAUUUCAGAGAUAUCUGAAAUUGAAGAUGUGGGCCCACUUGCAAAGUCAUCUAUUUCUCCUGUUCCCUCUUCUGCACAUGUGAGAACAAUGCGGAAGAGUUCAAGUGACCAGUCUGACCACCUUGCUCUCAGUAUUGAUUUGGAAUCUGAUCGUUUAAUCAGCCAGCAUGAAACUGAUGAAGAUAAAGGUCAUGUGUUCAAAUCUCUUAAUACCUCGGGUCUCAUUCCAAAGCAAGGAAAGAUGAUAGCAGAUCGGAUUGAUGGCAUCUGGGUCUCUGGUGGUCGAGUUCUGAUGAGUCGGCCUGGAGCAAGGAUAGGUCUCAUAGCCUACUGGUUGUUCUUGCAUUUUUGGCUCGUGGGCACCCUUUUGUGAUCAAGCCACCGCACUAACAACCCCCCUCCCCAACCCAAUCACACACAAAACAAAAGAUAAAAAAAAACGAAGGCAUCACCAUGCCCCAUUUCUUGCCCACAAAGUGUAUCAUGUAUGUAAGUUGGUGCCUCUGGUUCAUGUUUGCUUUUAUGCAGUGUGUCCAUAUUCAUUUUGUUAUAUAUUUCUUGAUUCUCUGCAAUCACAUUUUAGGGUUUUGGAGAAUCCUAGCCUCCAUGCAAGUGGAGUGUACUUCACAUUUAUUUAUUUUCCCUGAUUGGAAUGUAAAGCUGGAGUGGAAUUUGGUCGCGUGAAUUCCACUGUGGCCUAUUGUAUUAACAGUUGAUGAUUUUGUUGCAUUCAUCUCUUUAUCUUUUAUGUUGGUGCAUAAGUUCGGGGUAAA